AUGUACCUCCACGUGUAUUUCGCUUUACAGAGCCAUCUCCGCUUGCGACCAGUGGUGAUAGGCUGUAUAUAUGACGAUGACGAGGGUUGUCUCAACGCGAAAGACCAGAAGCAGCUGACUUGUCUGCAGACGUAUGCUAUCGUUCCGACGAACCCCCAAGAGCUUCCAAUUUGUGUGGAUGAACCAAUACCUGAACCCUCGCCACCACCGCCACCUAAGGCCCAGACGGAGCUCACUCCAGAGCAGACAAAUGAACUGGUGGCGCUGGUACACGCUAAUAAUUACAAGCUGAAAAUGUUCUCAGACGAAUUCAGAGCAAAGUAUCCUGAAUUGAGGGUGAAACUGGUGAAGGAUGCCAUCAAGAGCUUCGCCGAGUGGGGCAGGCGUAACGGUGAACCAUUCAGACGAUGGUGGCUAACACCCGAAAUCCUAGAAAAGUACGGACUUCCCUCUCAGGAACCAGCCAAACCAACUCCCGCGGCCACUGCCACCGUCACUGCUACAGCCAAUACUACAGCCAAUACUACAGCCACUACCGAGUCAGCCAUAGCACCCAGUAAAGCCAAGCAAAAUGCCACCAAACUCACCAAAGUUCUUCCCAAAAUUAUCAGACAAGCGCCCGUUAAAACGACUGACCGACCUAACAUUGCUGAUAUGUUAACGACUAAGGGUUUGCCAGCGGUGGCGGUGUCUCCAGUUUCUAAAGAGGUAGCUGAUACAAAAGCACAGACCACUAAGGCCCAACCUUCGAUUUCGGAUUUCUUCCGAACUAAGCCAACACACAUGGAGGCGCCCGAUGAGGAGGCAAUACAGCCACAGCAAAGAGAGCCCUGCGUAGGUAGCGCACAGCCGACGAUACAUAUUCUCGUGGCCAAGAAGAAGCGAGUGACUCCGACUCUAGAGCAGGCACUUAGUUCACGGUCCCCACCAACCCAACUCGCAAAUAUGAAUUCACCGCAAACUCUCACUAGUAUUGAACCCCAGCCAGUGAUUAGCUGUCAAAAUACCGCGAAUAAUAGUGGAAACAAGGAAGAGAUUGCGAAGACGAUCGCUAAAGCUGAUAUAGACACACAAACAAAUGGGAGUUCAAAUGCCCACUUGCGAUCGCCAAAGGUCACGAUAAGAAAGGCACACUCGAGUCCGAAUAAAUAA